AUGUCGCGAAAAUCAUCAUGGCAACUGAUUGCUACACAGCUAGUUUUCGACAGUGUGAACACUAUCGAUUGGAAAUCACUCGAAACUAUUGAUAACAAACAAUGGAACUAUUUAUUAGCAUAUUUUUAUACAUUAGGUGGAUACACCGAAUCCUAUGGUAUAGGUUCAGUCUUAAACAUCUGCAAAUAUAAAGAAAAUAAUGAAUUCUACUUAGGUGUUAUCAUUGAUAUCGUUAGGAUUGCUUUGGAUCAUGUUUCACUCGAUACAUUAUCUUACUUAAUCCAUAAUCUACAAGGAAAUUAUACUGAAUGGCGUGCCAUUGAUGAUCUAGAAAUUAAAGUCGAUGUUUCUCCAACAGGUCUACUCGCUUUAUCGAAUACUAUUCAUUCACUUCUCGACACAUUAGGAUAUAUCAUACAGAUUGAUGUAUCUCUCAGCAAUUCUUUCCGUCGUUUACAACCGAAACGCUAUUGUAUUACUGCUCGAUACCGCGUCUUGAAUCAAAAUCUCAUCAUUGAUAUUUUUAUGCGAAAAUCCUAUGCUCCAUACAUUGGCCAAUUAUGA